AUGGAAAACGCUCAUACGAAAGCAUCAUUGUUCUCUUCUGCUGGAUUGUCCGAAGAGUUGUUAAAUAAAUUAUAUUCUUUUGCAGAAUUGCCUGCUGAAGAGGGUAAAAAGUUAUGGGAAUUAAUUUUGGAACAAUUUGAUGACCUUCUUGUAAAAAUUCUUCUUCUUGCAGCAAUUGUUUCGUUCAUAUUGGCAUUAUUCGAGGAGCAUGAUGAUCAAACAUCAGCUGUUACAGCUUUUGUAGAGCCUUUUGUCAUUUUGUUAAUUCUAAUUGCUAAUGCUACAGUUGGUGUAUGGCAGGAGCGAAAUGCAGAAAGUGCGAUCGAAGCGUUAAAAGAAUAUGAACCAGAGAUGGCGAAGGUCAUACGUAGCGGUAAACAUGGCGUACAAAUGAUACGAGCAAAUGAACUAGUUCCUGGAGACAUUGUUGAAGUAUCUGUGGGAGACAAAAUCCCUGCCGAUUUACGAUUAAUGAAAAUUUAUUCGACAACGCUACGGAUCGACCAGUCAAUCUUGACUGGUGAAUCAGUUUCUGUCAUAAAACAUACUGACGUUGUGCCUGAUCCACGAGCUGUAAAUCAGGACAAAAAAAACUGUCUGUUUUCCGGAACUAAUGUUGCAUCAGGAAAGGCUCGUGGCAUAGUUUUUGGAACUGGUUUAGCUACCGAGAUUGGAAAAAUUAGAAAAGAAAUGGCUGAAACUGAAACAGACAGGACUCCACUUCAACAAAAACUUGAUGAAUUUGGUGAACAACUUUCUAAGGUUAUAUCAAUUAUCUGUGUGGCUGUAUGGGCCAUCAAUAUUGGUCAUUUCAACGAUCCUGCUCAUGGUGGUUCCUGGAUUAAGGGUGCUAUUUAUUAUUUCAAAAUCGCUGUUGCUUUGGCUGUCGCUGCCAUUCCUGAAGGUUUACCUGCUGUUAUUACCACUUGUCUGGCACUGGGAACACGUCGUAUGGCCAAGAAAAAUGCUAUCGUGCGUUCUUUACCUUCUGUCGAAACUCUUGGUUGCACAUCUGUAAUUUGCUCUGAUAAAACUGGUACAUUAACAACGAAUCAGAUGAGUGUCUCAAAAAUGUUUACUGCUUAUAGUACUUCGGGUGAUGAUAUUCAGUUUACCGAAUUUACCGUCACUGGCUCCACUUAUGAACCUUCUGGUCAGGUGUAUCACAACGGUCGACAAGUGAAUUGUGCAAGCGGUGAUUAUGAGACGCUAACUGAAAUGGCAACAAUUUGCUCAAUGUGCAAUGAUUCAGCAGUAGACUUUAAUGAGACCAAACGAGUUUACGAAAAAGUUGGCGAAGCUACAGAAACUGCUUUAGUUGUUUUGGUGGAAAAAAUGAAUGUCUAUAACACAAAUAAAUCAGGCUUAUCACCACGGGAUCUAGGAAAUGUUUGUAAUCGUGUUAUUCAACAAAAAUGGCAAAAGGAAUUCACUUUGGAAUUUUCACGUGAUCGCAAGAGUAUGAGUGCCUACUGUAUUCCAUCUUCAGGUGGAUCUGCUGCGAAAAUGUUUGUAAAAGGAGCGCCGGAAGGAGUAUUAAGUCGUUGCACACACAUUCGAGUCAAUGGACAAAAGGUACCUCUAACAGCUAAAAUGACUCAGAGAAUCGUUGAUCAGUGCAUCCAGUAUGGCACUGGUCGCGACACCUUGCGCUGUCUUGCUCUUGGAACUAUCGAUAAUCCACCGUCACCUCAAGGAUUGGAUUUAGAAGAUUCGUCUAAGUUCAUACGUUAUGAAAAAGAUAUUACAUUUGUGGGAGUCGUUGGUAUGUUGGAUCCGCCUAGAUCGGAAGUUAUUGAUUCGAUUCGGGAAUGCCGUCAUGCUGGUAUUCGUGUCAUAAUGAUUACUGGUGAUAACAAGAACACAGCGGAAGCGAUUGGACGCAGAAUUGGUCUUUUUACGGAAGAUGAGGAUUUCACUGGAAAAUCAUUUACUGGACGUGAAUUUGAUGAUUUACCACCUGAGCAGCAGAGUGACGCUUGCCGUCGAGCCAAAUUAUUUGCACGUGUAGAACCAACGCACAAAUCAAAAAUUGUCGAAUUUCUGCAAUCACAUGGUGAAAUAACUGCAAUGACUGGUGAUGGUGUUAACGAUGCUCCUGCUUUGAAAAAAGCGGAAAUAGGCAUUGCAAUGGGUUCAGGAACUGCUGUAGCGAAAAGUGCAUCAGAAAUGGUCCUAGCUGACGAUAAUUUCGCAACAAUUGUGUCUGCUGUUGAAGAGGGUCGAGCAAUUUAUAACAAUAUGAAACAAUUUAUUCGUUAUUUAAUUUCAUCCAAUAUUGGAGAGGUGGUGUCAAUCUUUCUGGUGGCAGCUUUGGGUAUCCCAGAGGCAUUAAUUCCUGUUCAGUUACUGUGGGUAAAUCUUGUUACUGACGGUCUUCCUGCCACUGCACUUGGAUUCAAUCCUCCUGAUCUCGAUAUUAUGGAUCGUCCUCCUCGAUCAGCCAGUGAAUCUCUCAUCUCAAAAUGGCUUUUUUUCCGAUAUUUGGCUGUGGGAACGUAUGUCGGUGUUGCAACAGUCGGUGCAUCUAUGUGGUGGUUCUUAUUAUACGAAGAUGGACCUCAGAUUAGCUAUUAUCAAUUGACACAUUGGAUGAGAUGUGAAAUUGAGCCUGAAAAUUUCACUGACUUGGAUUGCGCAGUUUUUGAAGACACACAUCCCAAUGCCAUGGCACUAUCAGUUUUAGUUACCAUUGAAAUGGCCAACGCCAUGAAUAGCUUAUCAGAAAAUCAAUCACUGCUAGUAAUGCCGCCUUGGACCAAUGUUUGGUUGAUGUCAUCCAUUGCGCUUUCAAUGUCUCUGCAUUUCAUCAUUCUUUAUGUGGAUAUUUUGGCAACGAUUUUCCAAAUAACACCUUUAAGCUGGGCAGAAUGGAUGGCUGUAUUGAAGAUCUCAUUCCCAGUUAUAGUACUUGAUGAAAUACUCAAAUUCAUCGCUCGGAAUUAUAUAGAUGGUGAGCAAGAUUCGAAGUCGACUGAAGAUGCAAAAUUUAAACGUUUAUUUCUCCUUCGAGCAAUUUUCAGCGUUGUAUGCUUGACUUUGCUAUGGAUAAGCUAUUUUUGUUGGAUUCUUAUCCCAUAUGUGCCUCAAUUUAUGCAUGCUAUUGGUAGAGGUCCAAGAGUAUCAAAUAACCCUCUUUAUUCCGUCUUUCGUUCUGUUGAGUUAUAG